AUGAAAUCGCCAUUGAAGAGUGUUGCACUGGUUUGCUGGUUGCUUGUGGCUAGCAGGUUCGCCCAAUAUUUUGUGGCUACAGCGGCGGCCGCACACGCUACGAUAACCGACAUCAAGUGCACAAGCUUGAAUAGAAGCUUUGUGGAUUUCGCAGAAUGUCGCCUACGCUUGGUCCAACGUAGUUUAAACGAAAUCAAUAUCCGAUUGAAAAUUCUGCAACCACCACUGGAUAAUAUUACUGUACACCUGCAAUUCAUGAAAAAGUCAAAUGGCUAUCGUCCUUACUUGAUCGACACCAAAUUCGAUGCUUGUAAAUUUAUCAGCACAAAAAGUAAUCCUAUGAUAAAUUACUUGUAUGAUUUCAUAAGACCCUAUACGAAUAUAAAUCAUUCGUGUCCGUACCGUAAUGAGCUGAUUGUGAAAAAUUUACGCAUCAAUCAAAAACUUUUAACUGCCGCCACAAUAUUGCCAACCGGUGAUUAUGCCUUUUUUACUACAUGGUUGGUGAACAACGUUAAACGGGCUUUUCUUCAAUUGUAUGUAAAAUAUAAGGAAAACGAAUAAAAUUUUGAAGGAAAAC